UUACCCAAACAUGGCGGAGACGGACGAACCCAUGCUGGUUGAUGGAGGCAGUGCUCAUGCAUGCGAGUGGGAUGGCCGGUGGAACCACAUCAAGAAGUUUCUGGAGAGACCAGGGCCGUUCACGCACCCUGACUUUGAGCCCAGCACAGAGACUAUCAAAUUCUUGUUAGAAACCUGCAAAAUCCUGGUGAUCGGUGCUGGCGGACUGGGGUGUGAGCUGCUGAAAGACCUUGCUUUAUCGGGCUUUCGCAACAUUCACGUUGUUGACAUGGACACCAUCGAUGUUUCCAACUUGAACCGACAGUUCCUCUUCAGGCCUAAAGAUGUUGGCCGGCCCAAGGCAGACGUCGCAGCCGAUUUCAUCAACUUUCGUGUACCAGGAUGUUGCGUUGUACCACAUUACAAGAAAAUCCAAGAUUUUGAUGAAACAUUUUACAGACAAUUCCAUAUAAUUGUGUGCGGACUCGACUCUAUUGUUGCUCGGAGGUGGAUGAACGGUAUGCUGCUCUCACUGCUGGAGUAUGAGGACGGUGUCUUGGACCCGACGUCCAUUAUUCCUCUAAUAGAUGGCGGCACUGAAGGCUUCAAAGGCAACGCCAGAGUCAUUUAUCCCGGCAUGUCGGCCUGCAUCGACUGUACCCUAGAGUUUUACCCUCCCCAGAUAAACUUCCCCAUGUGUACCAUUGCGUCAAUGCCUCGUCUGCCAGAACACUGCGUUGAGUAUGUGAGAAUCCUGCAGUGGCCCAAAGAGAUGCCCUUUGGAGACGGCGUGGUUCUGGACGGAGACGACCCCCGGCACGUCCAGUGGGUGUACCAGAGGUCUGUGGAGAGGGCAGCAGAAUUCAGCAUUACAGGAGUCACAUAUAGACUAACUCAGGGUGUGAUUAAAAGGAUCAUUCCCGCUGUCGCCUCUACAAAUGCUGUCAUUGCCGCUGCUUGUGCAACCGAGGUUUUCAAGCUGGCCUCAAAUGCCUGUUUACCGCUCAGUAACUACAUGGUGUUUAAUGAUGUCGACGGCCUGUACACGUACUCCUUUGAAGCAGAGCGCAAGGAAAACUGCUCAGCCUGCAGCCAAAUACCACUGGACCUGCACUUUUCCCCCUCCUCCAAGCUCCAGGAGGUGCUGGAUUACCUGACUGAGAGCGUCUCUCUACAAAUGAAAUCGCCUGCCAUAACUGCAACAGUGGAGGGGAGGAACAAAACUUUAUACUUACAGUCGGUCGCUUCAAUUGAGCAAAGGACUCGACCAAAUCUGUCCAAAACUCUGAAAGAGCUGGGGCUGACAGACAGACACGAGCUGGCUGUGGCGGAUGUCACCACACCCCAGACCAUGCUGUUCAGGCUCUGCUUCACCUCAUAGGACGAACUCAGUCCCCUGGCAGAGAGCUGUCUGAUGCAACUCUCUCAAUGGACACAUGGACGACAGUUCGUUUUGCACUGAAAAGCCAAAUCAGAGGUCGCACCUUGUCGUGUUUUGGUGGUACUUUGCAAGUUUUAAAAAGUUGUCGGUUCUCGUUUUAUGUUACUUUCAAAGAGGCUCACCUGAAUAUGAUCUUCUUUUAAAUAUUUAUUUAUUUCAGCACAGUUUUUUUUUUUUAGUUGAUUUGAACACUACUUAGUGAAAAUCAAUCAAUACGAAGCGUGAACUGGAAUAAAAUGUUUUUUUUUCUAAAAC